UUUUGUGGGAGGGAGCUGGCGAAGGGCAGAGCGCGGCGGCUGGACGGCGGCGGCUGAGGUACCUCUGGGCGGCCGCGAGGAAGAGUCCUCUCCCCGGCCGCAGACCCUUGUCCGCGCUUCUUUCUGACAAGCAGCCAUGGCUGGCCAUGACUCAGGAUCUCAGCACCAGUUCACUGGAUUUCAGAAGUACUUCAAUUCCUACACCAUCAUAGGCAGGAGGAAUUAUGUGUUAGCAACAUAUGCAAGUGUUGCAAUGCUCGUCUUGUAUUUCAAGUUUAAGCCUAAAAAGCAAGCUCCUGCUGUGGCAGAUAAGUAAAUGGUUGCUGGUAUGUCUGAGCCUCCAGUCCGUGUUAACAUAAUGCAAGCUGAUGACCUUUGUGGCUAAUAAAAUAAAUAAUGCCUUGUUUUAUUGGCAACAUGAAGUGGUGGGGAAAAAAAAAAA